AUGUCAUGGGAUGCUACAUACCUCGUGGAGGCGGCUGUAGUAGCCCAAUCCCUCCCGCGGCUCGACACCCGCACAGCAGACGCACUGCACAUACAAAGCGGUGCUGUCUAUGUGUAUGGUGCUGAGUAUCAGCGCCUGAGAGACGGCGUGAAGUGGUCGGACGGCCGAAACCUGGGAAACGGUAUCAACGUCUACCGGGAAAUAGCCACGGACACCACUCCAGCAAGCGAAGUCAUGACCGAGUCGGAUCUCGCAGCAGAAAAAGCGCAGAGGGCGGACCACGAGCCCUAUCUGGGUGCGCUAGUCGGCCUAGCCAGGAGCAGAAAGGGCGGCCUGAUCAAGAAGGGCAUCAAGUUCUUGAUCUGUGGCCAGGAAUGGAACUUGGCGGCCUAUUACACCGAGGCCGACGCCAAGUCCGGCAACCUUCUUCGCCCACGAUCCCAACUUGGCAGCACCCUUAUACCCUGGGGACUCAGCGCCGAGUUUUCCGCCCAGCCGCGAAAAAAGGCACGCAAGGUCGCCAUGGUCGACGACGGCGGUGAAGGCCCCGCCGCAGACCCCUCGGCGUGGCACAACGCCCAACGGGUCUUUGCCGAGGCGUACCCCCAUUCCGCCCUCGCUGCCUCGGCCUACGCUACGCUCGUAGCCAACUCGGCUCCGGCGCCUGCCACCGUCUUCGGCCCUGCCCCUGCCGCCAUCUCCGCCUUGCCCACCCGCGCUGCUGCAAUCCCCCCAACCGCCGCCGCUGUCGUCCCCCCAGCGCCCCUCGCCGCUGGGCCCACCCUGAGCGCCCCAGUCUUCCCAGCCGCCCCGCAACCAGAGCAGCUGCCACUACCCCCUGCUGGCCCUGCUAACGGUGCUGCGUCCUACUUCGGGCCCGAGCUCGACUUCGUAGAGGACUUUGCGGCGGCCGAGGCUCAGCUGCGCGCGGACAUCCUCGCUGGUGGGGGGACCAUUGCCGAUUCGCCGCCGCCUGGGAGCCCGCCUUGGCCGUUGUGGGAGGUAAUUCUUGUUGCUUAG